AGGGGAAACCGGCCUUAUAGAACUUCAUACAAAACUAGAAAGGUGAAAGUUUACACUGCGCUGCAACAAGUCAGGUGUGUGUCUAGAUUGGUUCUGCUGAGAGGUGACAAUGCGUACAACAUUGAUGGGUUUCUAUCUGCUGCUCCUGCUUCUUCUGCCCUACACUUCUCACAGUCAGAGACAGAACUACAAUGCAGUAACAGAUGAGAAUGUGGAGGAGCACGAUAAGAUGUUUGUCGAUGUCCUGAGUCGCUUCGGAAUUGAGAGCGCUCAACUCUCACCAAAACAGCGCCUUGAGCCACGGGGAGUGCGCACCAUGCGUCCAAUUUCAUCAAGUCCUAAACGAGCGAUGCAGGGUUCGCGCUUUGCCCUUUCCCUUGAUGUGCCUACAACAAUUUUAAGUGUCUUGAUAGACAUGGCCAAAGAGCAUGACAUGCGGGCCAAGGCUGCAGCCAAUGCUGAACUCAUGGCACGCAUUGGUAAAAGGAAAUAA